AUCAUUUCCACAAAGAUUCAGAACCUUUAAUUUCUGCUUUCCAUUUCCCAAUUAGCUGAUGGUGUUCGUGCUUUGCUGAUUAAUUGAAACGGAUUUGUAGCCAAAUUCUCUUAUUUCAAACCAUGUAGAUUUUCCCUGCAUGUUUCUUGAAGUUUCCGCCUCUGUUUCAAGGGGGUUUUAUACAUAACCCUAUUGAUCAGAGUUUGUGAUUCAAAAUUCUUGCAUUUCUUUCAUUUCUUUGAGAAAUUGAGAUACCCUUUUGUUUGUUUGUUCCAAAGCUUGAAUCUUGGGUGGAAUUCCAAUGAGAAAUGGCGUGCCAAUCUGUGCAAAUGUGGAGUUUGAGUGGUUUGGUGGCUGCUUUUCUUGAUCUCACAAUAGCCUACUUGUUGCUUUGCGCAUCAUCUGCUGCUUACUUGACAUCGAAAUUUCUAGGUCUUUUUGGGUUGAAUUUGCCAUGCCCUUGUGAUGGAAUGUUCAUCAAUGUUCAUAGUAGAAGUCUGUGCUUCAACAGGUUGUUAGUUGAUUUCCCUAUUCAGAAAUUGUCAGAUGCUCAGCUCUCUGUUAGGCAGAAAUUCCCAUUUAGCAAUUCUGCAUCUCCUAGAAAGUAUGGUGGUAGUGUUGUUGGUGAUAACUGUGGUGGUUUUGGGGUUAUUGAGCUAGAAGGUGAUGCAUCUUGUAGUUCUUCAAUAUCAGAUGGUAGGGAAAUCAGUUCAAGGACUGGGAAGAUUGAUGUGAAGAGGAAAGGGGUUUUGAGUUAUAGGCCAAAGAGCCGAUUGCGUGGCCGGAAAGGGGCUGGUGGUCAUGGGAAGAAUUCAUUUGUUUUGAGUUCUGAUUUAACUUCUCAUGAGGAGGAGAAGCAUCUUCUUCAUUUUAAUGUGAACAAGAGGGGCAGCUGGUGCUCGGGAGAUGGCUCGCAGUCAGCUGAUGAUGAUGGAAAUCAUAAUCUUGAAUCUCCCAAGAAGAUGAGAGGGAGGAUAAGGACUCUCAGCAGAGACGAAAUGGACCUGUCACCAGACGAAGAUAAGCACAUGAAGGGAAGUGUAGUGUCUGGCGAAGAGCGACAAUAUGAUCAGCAAGAGGUUCAAAGUUGUGGUGAAUUAGAAUAUGAGAAUAACAAAAUCAGGGCCUUACAGAAAGCACUUGAAAGAGAACGUGCUGCUCGGGCUUCUCUUUAUAUUGAUCUUGUAAAGGAGAGAAGCGCUGCAGCUAGUGCUGCUGAUGAGGCCAUGGCUAUGAUUUUGCGUCUGCAGAAUGACAAGGCAUCCGUAGAAAUGGAAGCUCGGCAGUAUCAGAGGAUAAUAGAAGAAAAGUCCGCUUACGAUGGUGAGGAAAUGGACAUUGUACAAGAAAUUCUUAUGCGAAGAGAAAAGGAGAAACUUUUUUUAGAAAGGGAAGUUGAAGCAUAUAGGGUAAUGGUUUCUCAAGGGAACGAACAAUCAACUGGUGAUUUUUCAGAUAGCAAUGAUGCUACACAAAUGUUUAGCCCUCUAAAUGAUCCCAACGACGAUCCAGUUUUAUUUCAGGACCAGCUUGCUGUAUCUUCUGAUGGGAAGGUAAAAUUGGAAAGUAAAUGUGCUGACAACCCUGCUUUAGUAAUAGAAUCGUCAUUUCAACCCCAUGAUGAAAAAUCUAGCUUUGAAAGACGUAGAGACUCGAGUGGAAGCUCUGUUGACAUAUCAGUUCGUAGUAGUUUUGAGAAAAUGGAUCUUCAAAAGGAGGUUAUUAGAACAUGUUAUGAAGCCGAAAAAGCUGAUCCGAAUGAUAAUCCGAGUCUGAAGCAGCAUGAAACAGAUUCGCCUCUUGGAUACAGCGGUUCAUGUGAUCCAACACUGAAUAAAGUCCCUCAGGAUAAAGACGAGCAGUUUCCGGUCAGUAGUUCUCCAAAAGUACGUGAGAUAGACCGUGUGCAAUCUGGAGCUACACCGGAGAGGAUAAAUGAUUCUUAUCUCAAGAAAAGCAAUCCAGAGGUACCUAGUUGUCUUCCACCACUUGCCCGAAGAGGAUCUCAGAGCCUGAGACGUUGUUCGAUGGGACCUUUGGAUAGUGAAAUGCUAAAAAUCGACACUGAGAUCGUUCAACUUCAAGAACGCUUAAAGCGUGUUCAAGAAGGAAAAGAGAAACUUAGCUUCCCUCUGGAGAAUCGAGAAACUAAACAUUUACAGUUAAAUAUGUUGGAGGAUAUAGCACAGCAGAUUCAGGGCAUUCGCUGCCUAACUGAACCUCCAAAAUCUGCAAGACAUGCGUCUUUGCCCCUUAAGGGUUUAUCGAAGAGAAGGAGAAGCAGGAGUGUAUCUUCGGGAUUCCGGAUGAGCUCCGAAGGAUGAUACGGCUGCUUGUAUGACAAAAGUUUAGCCAUAGCGGUGCUACGGGAAGCUGCCCCGUCUAUGUGGGGUGGGAAUUCUCCAGAUGCAAAUAUGAAGGUAUGGUUUUAGGGUAGAAAUGGUAGGAAAUGGAUGAACAGUUCUUUAGCAUGCAAUUUUUUUUAUAGCUUAUUUUAUUAUAGGCUUAGCCAUAUUCACUUUGUAAUAAGCUUAAGUUAAUAAAAGUUUUUGUCUUGAUCCUCUCCUCAA